AUGGUUGUUUUUCAAGAGACUCCUAUUUUACGUCCUCAAAAGAGGGAUCGGAAGAAAGGAGCUGUUUUGAAAUCUCCAUUCAUUGAGCUUGCUUCUGGUGCAUCUAAAUCAGGUUCAUCCUCAGUUUCUCCUGAUGAUUCUGUUUAUAAGGUCGUUAAAUAUGUGCGUGGUUUGUGCCCGUUGGACAACAAGAUUGGUGAACCUGUCGAUCCGCAAUUGGAAGCUGAGUUUGUCACGUGGGUUGAUACAGGUCUUAGAAAGCAUAAAUCUAACACAACAACUAAUGUGUAUUGUAAGGGUAAGGACACAAUAUUUCCGCCAUUUCGUUUUGGUGUUGAGGACAUUAGCAACAAGAUGUGGUUUCACAACCUUGCCUACCCUAAUUGUUUCCUUACCAAUUCUCACAUUGACAUUAUUUUCUACUAUCUUCGUAAGAAAAUAAUGUACUCAGCCGAGCCGAAAAUCAAAGUCACCACAACUGAUUGCCUUUUUUGUUCUAGCAUAACAAGUUUGUAUGAGAAGUUUGUUGAGAAAAACAACGAUAUAUCGGUGUUGUCUCUUUCUCACAAUGUGGCCCAGUACAUCCAAGGUGGUAAGAUAUUAUGUGCCACUCCUUGGCAUUUGGUUGAUCAUGUUGUUAUGCCUAUCAAUGUAAAAUUACAGGAUCAUUGGAUUUGUGGUCGUCUAAACAUAGUUGACAGGCGGAUAUAUCUGUACAAUUCAUUGCGUUCUGGAAGGUAUAUGACAGCUGCAAAAGAGGCUUGCAAGCCUUUUUCUGUUAUUUUACCAUAUUACUUCUCUAUGUUAGACUUCAAAGGCCUUCGCAACGAAGCUAAGUUUAGCACGAUGGAACCGUUCCCUAUUGUUGUUGUUGAUGGUUUACCCGAGCAGGUCACAGCGUAAGUUUUUUUUAUAGUGUUCAAUGUUUUUCACUGCUUGUUUGUAUUGUUAUGUUUUUGUUAUGUGACUUUGAUUUUUAUUAGUGUUCUCAUAGUGUCUGUUUUUGUGUUUUCUUAUUGUUUUUUUCCAGUGAUUGUGGUGUUUUUGUAGCAUCAUUUGCUGAGUAUUUCAUUGAUGGUAAACUCAUACCAUCCUCUGGUUUUGAUGUGGAAAUUCACCGCGAUCGUUUGGCUGUGUUAUUUUAUCAAUAUGGCAUGAAGAAGCAACUUGAGAACAUUGAAAGUGAAUCCGAGGCCCCUCCCAGCCUUCCCAAGAAGUGAUUUGUUUUUUCAAUCAGACUGUCAUUGUUCUUAUGGUUUUUUAAUGUUGUUUUUAUGUUUUUUUAUGUUGUUUUCGAAAACAAACAUUGGUGUUCUGUUAUGUUUUCUUACGUUUUGUGUGGACAAUAUGUAAUCUUUAUUCAAUAAUAAACUUCAUAUAUAUAUUCAAUUUAGUAUCCAACAUCUUUUAAUAUCCAAUCUAAAGUAUCAUCAAAUCCCAAUGUAAUCAAUGUUUUCAAAUAAAAACUGUAUUCCCUUUGUAUUUCAGAAAUUUAAAUUCCUCAAUAUCUCAUUCUCAAAACGUAUGUGUAGUUUUCUUUUGUUUUUCCACUGUUGUUCUGUUGUUGUUUUUAUUCCCUUCUACGUCUUCUGCUGCAUGUUCUUUUGUUAUGCCCCAGUUCACCACAUUUGCUGCACUUGUUGUGUUGAUCCUUUUCCCAUCCAGCCUUCCUUCUUAAUGUUUUUGGUCUUCCUGAUUUUACUCUUUCAUGCGGAGGCAAGACUAUAAUAUUCUUCACUUCUUCCGGUACCUCCCACUCACUUUGGUGUCCUAUUGGGUAAACUGUCCCUGAAUAAGUUGCCAGCCAAUUUUUUUUUGUGUAGUAAUCUGAACAGUAGGUAUACG